GAGCUAGUUUUUUGUUCAAGUUUUAGGGACACAGGCUGGCGAAUUUGCUUUUUACACACAAAAAAAGUAAAAGCUGAUUAGUAAUAAAAUUUCCAACAGAUUUAUUAUUAGUUGAUCAAUAUAAUCGUUCGGAGCUGUCCAGAGUGAACUCGAAAGUUUGGGCAAAAGUUGCAGCAACUUGGGGCGAGAAUAAAGAAAAAAAGAAGAAAUCAUGUCCAGUUUGCCACGUCGCAUCAUCAAGGAGACACAGCGUUUGAUGCAGGAGCCGGUGCCCGGCAUCAAUGCCAUUCCCGACGAGAACAAUGCACGCUAUUUCCAUGUGGUGGUCGCCGGUCCAAAUGAUUCGCCCUUCGAGGGAGGAGUCUUCAAGUUGGAGCUGUUUCUGCCCGAGGAUUAUCCGAUGUCGGCACCCAAGGUGCGUUUCAUCACAAAGAUCUAUCAUCCGAAUAUCGAUCGCUUGGGCCGCAUUUGCCUCGAUGUGCUGAAAGACAAAUGGAGUCCAGCGCUGCAAAUUCGCACCAUACUUCUGUCCAUUCAGGCGCUCCUCAGCGCCCCCAAUCCCGAUGAUCCUUUGGCCAACGAUGUCGCCGAAUUAUGGAAGGUCAACGAGGCCGAGGCCAUUCGCAAUGCUCGUGAAUGGACUCAGAAAUACGCUGUCGAAGACUAAAGGCUGAAGUUAUCACAUAAAUCGAUUGGAGUUUGGGAGCCGGUUGCGAAGCCGGAAAAGGAGAUAAGGAUGAAUACGGAUGCGCAACAGCUAACUUAUUUUUUAGGGAUCUGCGGUUAGUUCACUCUCAUCCCGCUUAAACGAGAUACAAAUUAUCUUCUUUUUUGUAAUACACAUUUUUUUGUAUUUAUCGUUGUCGAGGAUAUAAAAUGGCGGUAAUAAAUAAUAAAAAUCUAAUGAUAAUGCUAUAAUAAAAAAACAA